AGGGGGGGUGUAGGAAGUUUUGCCGUGAUGCUGGUCCCAGAAUGGGGAAUUUGUGAGAUGUGGGACAGCAGAACAUUCCCUUUGGAGGUGACCAUGGAGCAGCCGCUGCCUGCAGAGCAGGUUGGGACUCAACACAGAGACAGCUGGGUGGGUAGAGGGACAGAGUCUCCAAGGACGUGGCAGUCACUGCAUGACUUCAGCAAGAGUGCCCGGGCAUCAGCCGCCCAUCGGGGUGCAGUGCCCCAGACCCUGGGACAAGGAUGGGGACGCCAAGCUGGCAGGAGAGUAGGUGGACAAGGAGGGGGAUAUUGGGGGCCUUGGGAAAGGGGGUUGCCUGAGCAUCCCCCAGGUGCCCUGACAGGGUGUUGGGUUUGGGGCAGGAGGUCUGCAGCACCCCCAGCCCACGUCCUGGUCCGGCAAGGGCUGCCCUAUCUCCCGGCCAGCACAGGAUUCCUCCCAGCAGCCACAGGACAUGGGAGCCAAGCCCAGCCCAGGGAACCCUCCUGUGGUGUCGGAGGCUGUCGGGAGUCCCGACCAGGCACACUGCCAGCACAAAGCACCCCAACACGUUCCCUCGAUGGUGUGGCCAUAGGACCUGGCAGGCAGAGCAGCUCCGGGCUGUGCAUGAGGCUCACUCUGCUUAUCUGUGUGCGCCUGGGCUGGGCGCGGGCUCUGCUCCACAGCCCUCGCAGAAGCUGCUGGACCAGCCCCACUGGCAGCUCUAGGGUGGCGGGGGCUCUUCCAGGGACUCCUGCACCUCACGCCCUGCAUCUGCCCCAGCCUCCUCGAGACCCCUCUGGGGCUGAGUCUGAGACUGGGAGCACUGGGAGCUUGCUCUGACCGGGUAUUGGCCAGGCACCUGCAAACAAAGGGCGGCAGAGCCGGCCGGAGCGCUGGGAACAGAAGGGGGUUAUUUUUAGAAAAGCGCAAGUCCUUAUAAAUAGCAGCAGCUUCAGACAGUGAUCAAGUGGGACGGAUUCACAGGCAUUCGCUCAGCCCUUCCCUCCACAGCCCUCGUCAGUGGCUUCCCUGGGCCGAGCCCUGCUGCUCCCGGUGGCAGCACCGCAGCAACCGGGCUGAAAAUCCCCGAGGAGCCGAACGCUCGGGAGCCCUUGACGCUGCCCCAGUGCAGUAUCCACCCUGUCCGCUCCCAGCCUCCCGCAGGCAGGUGAUGUCCGGGGGACGCCAGCAGCUCCGGAGAUUGAUGAAAGUCCUUGCCCAGGCGCUGCAGCCCCCAGCUGUGUGCGCCGCCAGCAGCCAGGGCCUCUGCGUGUUCUCCCACCCCGUCCAGCCCGGACAGCCCCUGCAGUGGUGUCCAUAGGCAGACCCUGCCGUGGCUCCAGCCCUCCCUGCUGCCCUUCCCACACUGCUCUCCCUGGACAUUCCUCCUCCCCUUCCCAGUGCCGCCGUGUGCCUGGCGGGCGGCAGGGCGGGCAGCGGCACUCCGGGCUGGCCGGCGUGAGGCAGUGCAGGAAUCCAGGGGCCCUGAUGAUGCUCUGGGUGUUUCCCGUGCCAGAGCCGCUGGUCUGACCACAUGCCUUUCCCAUUAGCGGCCGAGCCGGAGCUCGGCGGUCGGGGCACACGCACGCCAGCUCAGCUGUGGCUUCACAGCCUGGCUGCAGCCGCCCCCCGGGCUCAUCCUCACGACCUGCAGUUCUCCUCCACCCGCCAGCCCGCAGUGCCGGGCACGGAGCUACUUGUCCUCGCUUGUGCCACCAGGCAAUCGGGCAUCCACGGACAGCACUGUCCUGGCCCAUUCCUGCCCCCGCAGACCUCUGCCCGCGUGCCUUUGUCCACCGUAACACGAUGUGUGCUGUAGCUGCCACCCCCACGCACACUUUGCCCCUCCAAGAGCCAAUGCCAGCCUCAGUGCCCUGCGUGUGCCGGGGCCAGGCGCUGCGGGAGGCGGGUCAGGUCCCCGGGGCACUGCGGUCACGCUGGGGAUGGAUGCACAGGCAAAGCUGCCAGUGAAGGGAGGACACACAUAAGGCUGUGCUUGGCAGUGCUCCCGCACAGCCCGGCUCCUGGGAAGUGGCUGGACCCUGGGGAGGAGAGGAGUAAAGAUCAAACUUCCUUGGAUCAGAGGUUCCCCCUCCCACUCCCAGCCUGGGCAGCAGCCCUUGCUCUUCUGGCUGCUCUGGGUGAGGAUCAGCAACUCCCUCCCUCUGGAGGGACACUGUGGCCACAGACCCAGGGCUCCUGGGUGGGGGUUGCCUGUCCCUCCCUGGCUCAUGCCAUGCUUCCCUGUCCCGCAGGCAUCGUUGAGAUCCGGUCGGUGCGUGUCGGCGUCGUGGCCAUCCGGGCAGUGCACACCGGCUUCUACCUGGCCAUGAACAAGCGGGGGAGGCUCUACGGGUCGAAGGAGUUCAGCCCCAACUGCAAGUUCACGGAGCGCAUCGAAGAGAACGGCUACAACACCUACGCGUCGCUGCGCUGGCGGCACCACGGCCGCCCCAUGUUCCUCUCGCUCAACAGCAAGGGCAGGCCCCAGCGAGGGGGCAAGACACGCCGGCAGCACCUCUCCACACACUUCCUCCCCAUGCUCGUCAGCUGAACACCGUGGGCAGCUCUGGAUGGUUCUGUAGGGGAAAAAAAAAAAAAACC